GAAACGCUACGCCUGCAGGGACUUGUGGGAAAAACAUGGCGGCCAUCUUUCCAAAGAUCUUGUCCUUCGCUAAAAAUACGAGGACUUUCCUCAUAAGUUCAAGACUUUCUGCGCCACCGAUUCAGCGAUACAGUAUACCUGUUUCUAGUUACGGGGAAAAAGUCACUCACACUGGACAGGUUUUUGAUGAAAAUGACGUACGAAGAAUGAGAUUCGUAGGGAGACAAAAAGAGGUGAAUCAGAAUUUUGCGAUAAAUCUGGUUGCGGAGGAGCCGGUGUCUGAUGUCGAAGCUCGAGUGGUGUCCUGUGAUGGAGGCGGAGGAGCUCUGGGACAUCCCAAAGUUUAUAUCAAUCUGGACAAACUGACCAAAGUGGGAACGUGUGGGUACUGUGGGCGCCAGUUUCAGCAGAAACACCACCACUGAGACGUCUCCUGUCCUCUUUCAUCUGCUGAUUAUAAAUUAUUCCCUUGGACCUCCAUGUCAUGGUUUCCUGUAUAAUAAAAUCACCCAACUGAUUAAAACAA